AUGGCAUCCGAUUGCAAGCUAGUGGUUGUCCUUUAUGCAGAGGCGAAGUUACAGAAAUCUAUCAGCUUAUCAGCCAAUUUUACUAUUUCAAAAGCUAAGCAGGCGGGGAUGGAGGCGAUCAAGGAACACUUGAAGAUACUUCCCGGUGUGCCACUUGUCACCCUAGACCCCGAUUGCACCGAUUUUUACCCAGUUCCAAGGGAUGAUAAUACCAUCAUAUGCACUCUGAAGGGUGAUAUUACAAUGGUUGUGUACCCGCAACCCCUUGAAGGACAGCACUUGACACCCUCACCCUUUGUUGAUGCUCUUCGAUCUGUGAUUCAUGAAGUGCGCGAUGUCAAGGCUCAACAAAAUGUUGCACCAUUGGCUAGAGAGGAGAGCACUGAGCAUUAUGUCAAACCGGCUGACAACAUUAAUGACAUACUUCUCCGUAAAUUCCAGGCAAUGGAGGAAAGAUAUGGGCAUGACAUGGCUGAGCUGAAGCAAGUGAAUACUGAGUUAACGUGGGUGAUUUCUGGCCUGCAGGACGACAAUGCUCAGCUGAAGCACGACAUGGAAGAGCAGAGGCGGGUGAUUUCUGGCCUGCAGGAUGACAAUGCUCAGCUGAAGCAUGACAUGGAAGAGCAGAGGCGGGUGAUUUCUGGCCUGCAGGACAACAAUGCUCAGCUGAAGCAAGACAAUGCUAAGCUGAAGCAGGACAAUGCUCAGCUGAAGUACGACAUCAAAGAGCUGAGAGGUCAAUUGGAUGAAACUAACAGAGCUGUUUUGGGUGAUAAAGUUGCAAUCGAUAGAAUCUGUCAUCGGGUACUCCUUGACAUGGGUCGCAAUCAGCUGGCUAUGAUAUGUGGCCACACUGAUUGGAAGGGGUGGAAGGAUGAGAAGGCCACAUCAACUCAAGGAGAUGAUCAUGCUGUCCAAACUGCGAUGAUGACUGAAGCGGAGGUGAUGCUUCAGAAUUCCACUGAUGCAUCAAAAUAUUGGACAGCAGUUGGACAGGAUCGUUAA